GAAGAUUCUUCUGUGAGUCUGUUUGCGCUGCUGGAGAAAAGGCAGGAUAUAAUUCUAACUAAGCAAAGGGACUUAGCCGUCUGGCAUCAAAGAUUUUGGCGGAGGUCAUAGAGUUCAGGGCAAAGGUGGAAUCCAAAAUAGGUCUCACCCCAUGAAGUCAUCUCGGGGGACUUUGGGCCCGAUUGGAGCCACUAACAGCUGAAAUUAUGAUUGAAUUGGAGUUUUAAUUUAGCAGGAGGAGUAUUUCGUGGAGAUUUCUUUAGAAUAGGGAUGCCCAACUUGGCAACUUUAAGACUUGUGGACUUCAAGUCCCAGAAUUCGCUAGCAGCUUUAAGACCUAAGACCUUUAAGACCUAAGAACUAGCAGGAGUUCUUAGGUCUUAAAGUUGCCAAGAUUGGACACACCUCUGCUUUAGAGCCUUGCUCUACUUAUUUUAAAAUGUUGGGAGGGUGAAUUUGAUUAAUUUCCAGUUAACUUCAGAAUUUUGUUCUAAUUGCGUUAGAGAAAAAAAAAAGAAAACGAGAUGAUCUAAACUUCUAUCCAGGCUUUUCUUUCUUUCUUUCUUUCUUUCUUUCUUUCUUUCUUUCUUUCUUUCUUUCUUUCUUUCUUUCUUUCUUUCUUUCUCUCUCUCUCUCUCUCUCUCCCUCUCUCUCUCUCUCUCUCUCUCUCUCUCUCCCCCCUCCCUCCCUCCCUCCCUUCUUUCUUUGUUUCCUUGAUCUAACCAAAUAAGGCACUUUCGGAGAAGCAUAGUUUGAAGUGUUUGAUUAAACUGUUGAUUUAUGCAGGGUAUCAGUUUUGAACUACCUAUGAUGCUUUUGUUUCCAUCAUUUACAUAAAGCUGUCAUCAGUGACAAUUAAAUAUAAUCAGCUUGAUACAAGAUAAUAUGUUGUUAUUGCUUUCUGCGUUCCUGUGUUUAUUUUUAAGAAGACGGUGUAAUUACCUGUUUUGUAGUGAUCCAGAUUAGCAAAACAGGUGGUAAUUCAGGGGUUGGAGUGUUGGUGCCCUCUUGUGGACACAAAGUGAAACUGUUGCUUUUACAAAGUUUAAUAUGGAUGCAAUCCUUACUGAUUCUCUGGUUUCUGUACUGAGAGGCAGCUAUUGACUUUCCCCGCAGUUUUCUGGGGGUCGUAGCAGUGGUGAAAUUCACUUUUUUAAAACUACUGGUUCUGUGGGUAUGAUGGGUUCUGUGGGUGUGGCUUGGUGGGCAUGGCAGGGAAAGGAUACUGCAAAAUCUCCACCCUACUCUGGGACCAGCCAGAGGUGGUAUUUGCUGGUUCUCCAAACUACUCAAAAUUUCCACUACCGGUUCUCCAGAACCUGUCAGAACUUGCUGGAUUUCACCCUUGAAUCAUAGAUUACAGAAAAAUAGCUUUGGGCACUAGUUGAUAGCUCCCUGCCAUCUUAUUACAAGUUUUUAUUUAUUGCUACAAUUAAAGAAAUGUAUAUAUUCUUCAGAUAGAGGUACUGGAAAAGUAUUUUAUGAUAAAAGCAACUUUUGAAUGGGUCUAGAGUCUAGACUCAAGCUGUUAGCAUAAAUAAGGGCUUCACAUUUAAAGAGCUUAGUUUUAUAUGCUAGUGUUUACAGGUUAUAUACUAUUUUUUUUAAAAAAAAUAAUACAUGGAUUAUAAAGGAAUUUGCAAAAUCAUUCACACAGUCCAUAGUUAAAAGGCAAAGGUUCCCCUUGCAUAUAUGUGCUAGUCGUUCCCGACUCUAGGGGACUGUGCUCAUCUCCGUUUCAAAGCCGAAGAGCCAGCGCUGUCCGAAGACGUCUCCGUGGUCAUGUGACCGGCAUGACUCAAUGCCAAAGGCGCAUGGAACGCUGUUACUUUCCCACCAAAGGUGGUCCCUAUUUUUCUACUUGCAUUUUUGACCUGCUUUCGAACUGCUAGGUUGGCAGAAGCUGGGACAAGUAACGGGAGCUCAGCCCGUUACGCGGCACUUGGGAUUUGAACUGCUGAACUGCUGACCUUUCGAUUGAUAAGCUCAGCGUCUUAGCCACUGAGCCACUGUCCGAGUCCAUAGUUAGGCAAAACCUUUUCUUAGUUCAACUGACCUGCUCCUAAAAGGUAUGCAACUUUCUAAGAUCUCUAGGAAUAGUCAGGUUAAACAUGAGAAAAAAAAAUAAAACAGGAAAUUGCUUUUUAAAGCACUUUUCACUUUGGAAGCCUAGCCAAUUUCUUGAGCUUUUGUGCUAAUAGCCUUGUGCUAUUAAUAUCUUUGACCAAGUCAGUGUUUCUUUCAGAUGUGUAGACUUUAGUUCCCAGAAUUCCCCAGGCAGCAGCCCCACACAAAGUUGCUGAGACUGGCUUAAGACUGCUCUUAAAUUCAUCUACCUGCCUGAGCCUCCUUAACAGCUCCAUCAGCCAUCUCAGUUUUACCUUUGGUGUCUGUCCCGAUUAAUCUUCCCUCUUGCCUUCUAGCUUCACACAGGAGGUUUUCUUCCAGAAUUCUCUCUCUCUUGGUGCAUCAACGGACCUAUUGAUCCGCGACUGAAGGUUAUGGAUGAUUCCUUUGGAAGGCUUUGGGGAAAAAAAUCUUAAAUUCAAGAAGGGGAAGGCUCUUGACAUGUACUAAGCAUAAUGGCACUGUAUCACCUCUAGUACCAGAGGCCAUUGCUGAGAAGUGUAAGUGGUUGUGUUCAUUCGUGAGCCGGUUGGCCACCAUAGAGCAAGUGGAUUAAAUGAGGUUGGUUUUUUUCUGAUCCAGCAUAUCUACUCUUAAAUGCUUUUCUAACAAAGGCUUCUCCGCCCAACUUUUAUUUUCUCUAGCUGCCUUUCUUUGAAGUGAAUGGAGGAGGCCCCAGGACCACGUGAAGGCAGUCGGCGGAGGUGUCAAACCACAUCCCUGCCUUUGUCUCCUGAAACUGUCGGUCCUGUCCUAGUGCGUCGGUCCUGCCUUUCUUCACUCACCUUUUGCUGAUCCAAGGGUGGCAGCUAGGCCCAGAGAUUUCACAGCUGGCGGUUUCACCUUUGUGCAUGCCAAUCGCAAGAGCUAAGCAUUGACUCUGUCCGCCAUUUUGCCCGCUGAUAGGGGCACGUGGGCUCGGGUCUCCCUUGCAGGUGGCUCUGGUGUGAGCUCUACUAGGGCAGGGAUUGAAAAGGAAGUGGCCCUUUGGAAGGGGAAACUUUCUUCUGAAGUACCUUCCCUGGACACGGGACAUUUUUAAUUUAGCUGUAGGAGAACGUUCGGAGACCACCCCUCCAAAGAAAAAACCGUUUGGAAAGUUUGAUCAGGAAAAGAGGGCUUGGGGAUUAACUGGAGUCUCGUGGGAAUGAACAAUGACGGAGAUCAUGGUUGAUGCCAACAAGGAGCACAAGGGACCAGGGUCUCGGUCACAGGAAACAGCGGGGCGCAAACCCGGCAGUCGCAUCCCACUUCUGGACAGGCUCUCGGCCACGAGGGGCAUUUGGGAGCUUCUGGAUGUCCAGCCGGAGCAAGUCAAGAGGUUGCUCUCAUCGCACCAACCGGGGUCAUUCAUCGUUGCUAGAAAUGGGAACGCCGCCACCAAGACCCUUUUCCUCCGGUUACCUGAAAGUGACAAUAAGAUUGUUGACCUUUUUCCUCUUGAAGACAAUCCAGCCCUUCACCUCAAAGGUUCUCAGUUGUAUUUCAGAAACCUUUUGGAACUGCUUGGCUUUCACUUUGUGAGCAGGGAUAUCCUGCCCUGUUUGCUCAGGAUCGCCCAUGCCUUUCAACUCCCUGGCAGAGCUGAUUUAGAUGCAGUUGCCACCUUGGGCCCAACAUUCUGGGCAAUGCCUCUAAAACCUACCAACGGCCUGGGCUCAGACGACGCAGAAGCCAGCUGCAUGGAACCCAAUGGGGACCUGCUGAAAUCCAAGAAGCCCUCGUGCUCCAUCCGCGUGACGUCCGAGGACGCCGCCCUGUGCAUCGUGAACCCCCUCUUUCUUUCCGUGCACAGCGACAUCGAAUGGCUCGACCUGGCCCCCGGCCUCUACCACUCGACACGCAGGCGGGGAUCCCAGCCGCUCGCCAAUGGCUCAGCGAGGCAAGAAGCCCCAGUUAGUCUGGAACGUCUCAAGUCUCUGGAAGAGAAAGAGAAGACGGGGGAAGACCCUCCACCCUGCUCAGCCUCUACGCAAGGGGAUUUCCUUCCUUGCACACCGUCCUGGAAGAGUUCGGAAACAGAGGCCCUGCCACUGUGGUCUCCCACGGUGUCCCAAAAGGAGACCCGCUCUCCCCACCGUGUUUCCUGGGUGGAAGGGAUCUCGGCCGACGCUUUUCCCUGCUUGAAAAAGGCCCGUUCCGAAUCCUUGUUGCUGAACGACUCCAUGUUGCUGCCUCUCAUCCCGGAAUUGGAUUCACUCUCCAUCAGCAGCAUGGAGGACGAGGGCGAGGGUCUCCCUCCUGCCACCCCUUCACCGCAGAAGAGACGGCGCCCCUCCUCCAUCACCUUCACCCACAAGGUGCUCCACCGUCUCUCAGCCAUGAGCAGUGCCCUGACCGGCUUCCUCUCGCUCGAGCGCCGGGUCGCCAAGCGGGUGCAAGAGCUGGUCCAGGAGCCCACGUCGGACGUGGGAGGCCUGGUGCAGAACUUUGUGGAGCACAUCCAGCAAGGAGCUGGGUCCCGGCACCCAACCAGCACUGAAAUGCUGCAGGAGAUACGGCAUAUGAUCAGCAAUCUGAAGGGCUACCUGGGCGAAAGUUCGGAUCUGCGCGCCUCCUACUGCGAAUAUGGUGAUGCCGAGGAACUGGAUCUCGGUUCCGUGGUGGAAGAUGCCCUUUACAAAUGCAUCCUGAAGCCGCUGAGAGAUACGAUUUAUGCCCAGUUGCUGGACUUCCAUACCCGGGAUGGGUCUCUGAACCGUUUGCGUGAAAAUCAGCUGACUUUGAGCCAGCAAAGCUUGGAAGAGCUCGGAGUGGCAGCCGGGGUGCCCGACGGGGCUUGCCUGGAGCGUAUCCAGACCAAGCUGAGUCUCCUGCACCAGGCCUACUCGCCCAAGAAGAAGGAGAUGCAGAUGCUGAAGGUCUGCAAGAUGCUUUAUGAGGCCAUGAACCUCCACUGCGAGAAGGCAGAGCCGUUUGGUGCCGAUGACUUCCUGCCAGUUCUCAUCUAUGUGCUAGUGCGCUGCGAUGUGGUGUCCAUACAGCUGGAUGUGGAGUACAUGAUGGAGCUGAUGGAUCCCAGUCAGCUGCAGGGAGAAGGGGGCUACUACCUCACCACCUGGUUCGGGGCUCUCUACCACAUUGAAAACUUCCAAGCGACUUUUACCCUCACCAGGCAGAUCAGCGUGGAGGCCCAGCACUCCAUCCAUCAGUGGCAUCGCCGCCGAACCAUCCAUCACCACCAUCGACGCAAUUUGCAGCACACCCUCUACGUCUCCUUCCACGAACCCUUCAAUAACCAGAAGACCAUCUCCGUUCCUCCCGACAUGACCACGGCAUUGGUCUGUGCAGCCUGUGCGGAGAAGUAUGGCAUCUCUGACGGUGCCGCCUAUGGCCUUUUCGUGGUAUCGGACAACUCCUCUCAACUCUUAACGGAGGACAGCUGCCCACAGAAGAUCCGUGCAGAACUCCUCCAAAGAGAGGGCAGUGUCAGUUUUGUUUACAAGCCCAAAAAUAGCACCCUGACCGUCUCUGGUUCCGGUCUGCUUCUGGAGGCUGUCAACUUGACUGAGUCCCACAAGCCUCUUGGAAGGGUGGGGAUGGAGCAGUUGGACGGGGAUUGACUAUGGCCAUGGACCUUCCUUCCUUGUCUUGUCUGGGUUGGAUGAAGUUUCCAAGUUGGCCUAAAUCAGGAGUCAGCAAUCUGUGGCUCUGGAGCCGCAUGUGGCUCUUUCACCCCUCUGCUGCGGCUCCCUAUCACUCAAAAUAUGCAUCACAACCGCCAAUGUGCGACACGCCCCUGCACCCUAUUUAUUGAGCUUUUCAACCCCUGGUAGGCCAACCAUGGAUAAAUCCAAGAAAAGAAAAGUUUCAGAAGAAAACAGAACGUUUAAUUCAACUAAAUAUGUUAGUUUUGUGGCCGCUCAAGAAAUAGUCAGGCACGGAAAGGGUUUAAUGGCUCCCGGUGUUUUCUUUUCUGUGGGAAACGGAUCCAAAUGGCUCUUUGAAUGUUUAAGGUUGCAGGCCCCUGGCCUAAAUCCAGGAAAAGGCUGAGUUUCUAGGGAUUAGACUAAACUAAGACUGGCUCAAUGUCAGACCUGUCUCAGCUUGAGUCUCUAAAAAAGAACAAUCCUUAAUUCUGUUUUGUUUUGUUUUACAAAGAUAUAGUUAACUAGAUGUCAAGUGAACUACAGCAGUGCAAAGCCAGAACUGAAAAUCGCGCGCCAAAAUCCCCAAGUCUAACUUUCCUUUCUUUAGAUACCUCCCCAUGCUGACACCCCCUCCCCCCCCAUGUCCAAUCAAAUUCAAAGAAGAUAUUUUCCGAACGGUCUCUUUGAUAUGCAGCUGUAUUCCGUUCUCCAGCUGGUCGACCUUGAAACCCACGUCUCGAGGAGAUACGGUCAACUUUUUGUUUUCCUUGAAUCCUCCCCCCCCCCAUGCAGCCCCCCCCCCCCGAGUUCAUGGCAGUCUGGCACUGAGUGAUAGCAAAAGGCACGCCUGAAGUGGCAGCUGACAUGAGGACUACAGAGGAGAAAUCUCUUGAGCAGAAGAUCUUGAAGUGCUGAAGUGCUCACCUUGGCAGUGGCUGUCGUCAUCCCUAAAACUAGUAAUGGAGAGGAAUGGACUGUUAUUAAAGUUGUUCUAACUGUCCUCCUUCUGGUUCCUCCCCACCCAAAAGGGGAAGAACCAGCCUAACACGAAGGUUUCUAACAGAGGAACUGGGAGAAAAACAUAAAUGACGUCACCAACUCCAGGCUGCGAAGGUCUCCAACUUUCACACGUAACUUCCUUCUCUCCCCUUUUGCUCAACUUUUUUAUUGCCUUCUCUGAUCAGCUUUUCUGCAGAGUUGGCCCCGUGUCUCCAAUCGUACAAACCGAGUGCAUUUCGCUACACACACCGUGGGCUGGCUGGAAGGCUUUUUCGCCCACCCAAGACAGACUUAUCGAGUGGAUUCUGGAAAAGUCAAUUAAACGUACUGGCUUAAUUUUUA